AUGAAUUGGAUGUCAUGGAAUUGUAGGGGAGCAGGCUCAAAAGGGUUUUCUUCAUUGAUGAAUGAUGUCAUAAAGGAGUAUGACGUGGGUGUGCUUUGUUUACUCGAAACUCACAUCAAUGGCAGGAGGGCCAAACAAGUUGCUAGUCGUAUAAAGCUGGAUGGUGUUCAUAUUGUGGAUGCUCAUGGGCAAGCAGGUGGUAUUUGGUAUUUAUGGGACUCCAAGAAAUGGGAUCUAGCUAUUGUGACUCAAUCGUCUCAAUUUAUACAUAUCAAGGUUAGAUGUGGUGAUUCCCACUGGUUCUGUACCUUCGUAUAUGCUAGCCCUCAUCCACAAUUUUGUAUUGACCUAUGGAGGGAGUUGUGCAGUUUAGCUUCAGGGAUUGAUCGACCAUGGGCACUUAUGGGAGAUUUCAACGCAGUCCUUAAAAAUUUUGAAAGAAGUAAUAGCUCUGGAUCAAGGAGUCACAGAGGAGAUAAAGCCUUUUGUGAUUUUGUUCAGCAGAAUAAUUUAAUUGAUAUUGGGUUCCAAGGCUCUCCGUAUACUUGGCGGAGAGGCUCUCUGUUUGAAAGAUUAGAUAGAGUGCUAGCUUCCUAUGAGUGGAGAAUGGAUUUUCCUGAAGCAGAAGUCACUCACCUCAACCCUUUGAAGUUGGACCAUGUUCCGGUCCUUUUGAAACUAAAGAAUCAAAGAACUUUAAAUAGCACCAGGAGGCCUUUUCGUUUUGAGGCUGCAUGGUUAACCCACGUUAAUUUUAAAGAAGUGGUUAAACAGUCAUGGAGAAUAAAUGGGAGUUGGAAUGAUAGAGUUCAACACAUUCAGAAAGCUUGUUUGGAUUGGAACAGGUCAGUGUUUGGUAAUGUCUUUUUCCAAAAGAGAAAAUUACUUCGUCGCUUGCAUGGUAUUUCUCGCACACUGUACUCUGGUCCAAACAAAUUCUUAGAAAAUUUACAAACGAAGUUAUGGCAGGAGUUGGAGAUGGUAUUGCAUCGUGAAGAGGUCAUAUGGUUUCAAAAAUCUCGCUGCAAGUGGCUGACAAUGGGGGACCGCAAUACUCGAUUUUUUCAUGGGUCGACAAUUGUGCGCCGGAGGAAAAAUAGAAUUACAAAAAUUAUUAAUGAUGAAGGUGAAUGGAUAACUGAGCAACCAGAAUUGGAGUCCUUUGUUACUGGGUUUUAUAAAGAACUGUUUCAUGAUCCUUGA